CCUCCACUUGAAGCCCUCCUUUAUAAACCCAACACCACCCACCAAAACCAUUGCAGCUUCCACCAUGGAAAAUGGUUCGCAGCGGAAAUGGCAGUUUGGAGGGAACGAAGAGCUGAACACGGCGGCAAUCUCCGUCCGCGGAGCUCUCGCGAUGCUAAUGAAUAAUGUUAACAACCCAGAUGACGGUGAUCAUCAUCCACAGCGGCCGACCAUUAUGCUGGGCCGCGGCGACCCUACUGAGUUCCGGUCAUUCUGGACUACUCAGUCGGCUGUUGACGCCGUCACAGAUGCCCUCCAGUCCUUCAAGUUCAACUCUUAUUGUCCGACGGGCGGUGUCCUUGAGGCAAGAAGGGCCAUUGCAGAAUAUCUCUCUCGUGACCUCUCGCAUAAGUUACUAGCGGAGGAUGUAUAUCUCACUGGUGGAUGCACGCAAGCAAUUGAAAUCAUGGUAUCUGUUCUUGCACGACCUGGUUCCAACAUUCUGCUUCCAAGGCCUGGUUACCCUCAAUAUGAAGCUCGGGCGUCUUUCGACCACCUUGAAGUACGCCAUUUCGAUCUUCUUCCCGAAAAUGGUUGGGAAGUGGAUCUUGAUGCUGUCGAAGCUCUUGCAGAUCACAACACUGCUGCUAUAGUUAUCAUUAAUCCUAGCAAUCCUUGUGGAAAUGUUUUCACCUACCAGCAUUUGGAAAAGAUUGCAGAAACAGCGAAGAAACUGGGCAUCUUUGUGAUUUCUGAUGAAGUUUAUGGGCAUCUAACUUUUGGCAGCAACCCUUUUGUGCCUAUGGGAAAGUUCAGUUCCACCGUACCGGUCAUUACGCUUGGCUCCAUAUCGAAGACAUGGAUUGUUCCUGGCUGGAAACUUGGCUGGAUUGUGAAAAAUGAUCCCAAGGGCAUCUUUGAUAAAACUGGGAUUGUGGACAGCAUUAAGAACUAUCUGGACAUCACUACUGACCCUGCAACCUUCAUUCAGGGAGCUAUACCUCAAAUCUUUGAGAGAACAAAAGAGACUUUUUUCUCCAACAUAAUUGGCAUCAUGAGAGAAGCUGCAGAUAUUGUAUAUGAAAUGAUUAAGGAAAUCCCAUGCCUUACUUGCCCACACAAACCACAAGGAUCCAUGGUCGUAUUGGUAAAGCUAAACUUAUCAACACUUGAAGGCAUUGAUGAUGAUAUACAGUUUUGUCUGAAGUUGGCCAAAGAGGAGUCAGUGAUUGUUCUGCCAGGGGUCACUGUUGGACUGAAAAAUUGGCUCCGCAUUACUUUUGCUGUUGAGCUUCCAGUACUUGAAGAUGGCCUUCAGAGGAUAAAAGCCUUCUACCAAAGACAUUCCAAGAAGCAAUAGGAUCUCUUCUUUUGUCUUCGUCACAGUCAAAUUAAGUGGAUGAUGCUAAUCGGCAACUUCAUUGGAUCCCCAAAUAAACAAUCAAUGUAACAAAUAAAUGAAAACAAUAAAAACAAGCUAGUACUAUUGGUCUUGUCUUCACAGGACUUUCUUGUACAUACCCUUAAUUUUUAUGUAUGUGUGCAAUUACCUUAAAGAAUGUGGGGUUAAUUUCUCUAA